AUGUCCUAACAGAAAAAUCAAAAGAAUAUUGUGGUAUACAAUUAUGAACCUCAUCCAAAGACUUUGACUGAAUAAGUUACCAAUAUUCAAUAAUCUCAAAUACAGCCUGACGAUUCGCCCUUCAAUGUUUCUAAGAUAUUGAAAGUUAAACAAUAACAAAGCAACAUCUUUCAUCUCCCUUAGUAGGAUCUUGUAGAUUACAGUAAAGUCACCCCAAAUUAAAAUGCAGAAAAAAUCUUGCCAUUUGACAUGUUCUGGUGGAAUAGUUAAAAUUUAAAAGAAAACAAGAAAACAGAUGCCAAUAAUCCCAUUAUUCCUAAUGUGCACAUGAUUUAAAGCAGACCUUAAACUGCCGCUUAGCAAAGAGUGAGUACAGAGUCCCACAAUUAAAAACUAACUGAAUAACAAUUCCUUCAAAUUUAACAAUAGCAAUACUAAUAAUUUUUGCAAUUAUAAUAACAAUAACAACAAAAGCCUUAAUAAUAAUAAUAGUUAUAACAAAUUGAUUAAUAAUAAUAGAAUCCAAAUCCAAAUCCAUAUGAUAUAAUAAAAGAGCAUAACCUCAUGAUUGAAACUGCAUCAUUUGCAGUACAAGAUAAUAAUAAUUAAUCAUUAUAAUAAUAAUAAUCUAAUUAGUUGUAGAAUCCAGCUAAAGUAUAUGAUAAAGUGAACAAUCCAAAUACUGAGUUGAAAUAAAAAAAUCCCAAUUUCUCUGAUGUUUUUGGAAAUGGUCUGGAAAAAUAUUAUCAAUAAAAACCAUAACAAAAUAGUGGAAGAAAACAAUAAGUUGAAUACAUGUAAGAAAGUGAGCUUUAUGGGGCUAAAUAUCAUUAAAGAUAAAUGCUAAAGGGUAUGAGUUCUUAAAUGGAUACACACAAAUAUUACGAUCAAAUGUUAGAUAAACAAAAUCAGGAUUAAAUUAAAUCAAAGCAACCAAAAAGUAAAUCGCAGUCUCCUUAAGCUUCGCCUGGUAAGAAUCUAGAAUAAGAUGAGAAAUUGUUUCCCAAACCAUAAUACACUGAAAUGAGUAUCAGAGGUAUGGGAAAGGAAAUCAAUUGGGAAAAGUUGAGUACACAAUUAAAUGCUGUUUAAAUGCAAUUAGCAGAUAUUACUGUUGUGAAAGACAAGCAAGGAAAGAUCAAGCAACACAAGAUAAUAAUAAAAUAUUUUGAUUAAGGAAAUUUAUAAGGUGUUAAAUAAUGGGUUCUCACAUAAGGAGGAAGAUUAGUUGAAGAAAGAGUAUUGGAGUCAGAAGAGGAAUUCAAGAAAAUGAUCUAAUUAAAGGAGGGACCAAAACAAAGGCCCUUGAGAAUAGCUGAAGAGAAGGAAAGAUUAAAGCAGUAAAAAAAGAGACCGUAAAGUGCAGUUCCCGUUUAAAAGUAAAAGAAAUGA